CCAAGAAAACAAAUGGCGGAGCGGAUAACGCCAGGCAGAGGAGAUCUGAUGGUCCAUGCACACGGCGCCGGGGAUGCGUCUCGUCACUCGGCAGCGUGAGUUGUGUACUUCGCAGGGUACAGCAGGGCGGUGCCCGAAUCGGCAGAGGGGCCGGGACUGUGCUCGAGAUCUCUCUGCUCGAGCAGGGCAGGCAGGGGAGGGGAGGAGGCCAGGCCAGCGCUAGCCAGAUUCUCCUCCCAUCUUUUACCAGACGCCAUUUUUUGGGCUGGUUCGGUGCUCCGGCGCCGCCGUUAAAAGGCACCGGAGAUACCGAGGGGACAGGCCAUCUUGUGUCCAAAGUCCAAACCAACGACUCGCAGUUCAAAGCUGCUGGACACGCGAGCUGCUUGCUGUCUCGCCAAGUAGCCAGGAGGUUCUUGCUCCGCCAAGUUGCUCUCUCUCUCUCUCUCUCUCCAUAUGAUGAGGUCAGUGUCCGGCUCCAACUCCUCGAGGGGCAUCGCUGCCGUGGUCGGCGUCGGGCCCCGGCUCGGCUCGGCGGUGGCGCGCAAGUUCGCUUCCGAGGGCUACACCAUCGCCAUCCUCUCCCGCGACCUCGAGAAGCUGUCGCAGCUGGCGGAGGAGAUCGCGCAGGAGGCCAAGGCGCAGGUGUUCGCGCUCCGGGUGGACUGCGCCGACGCCCGGUCCGUGCGCGAGGCCUUCGAGGGCGUGCUCUCCCUCGGCCCCGUCGAGGUGCUCGUCUACAACGCCUGCGAGCCGCCCGACGCCGACGCCGACGAAGCGCCGGCGCCGGCGCCCCACCCCACGCCCUUCCUCGCCGUCACGCCCGACGCCUUCCACCGCUCGCUCGCCGUCUCCGCCGCGGGGGCCUUCCACUGCGCGCAGCAGGUCAUCCCGGGGAUGGUGGAGCGGGGCAGGGGCACCAUCAUCUUCACGGGCUCCUCGGCGUCCGUCACCGGCUUCGCCGGCUACUCCGAUCUCAGCUGCGCCAAGUUUGCCCUUCGGGGUCUGUCCCAGUCGCUGGCCAGGGAGUUCCAGCCGGCCGGCGUGCACAUUGCGCAUGUGAUCAUCGACGGCGUCAUCGGCGAGAGGAGGUCGCCGAGGAGCGGCAGGGCCGGCGGCGCCGCCGACACGGCGGCGGCGGCGGGCGCGGACCCGGACGCGGUGGCGCAGAGCUACUGGCACGUCCACGCCCAGGACAAGAGCGCGUGGACGCAGGAGAUGGACAUCCGAUCGCCGUCAUCCUUCAUGUAGCAAGCAGCUGGUAGCUAGUAGCAACGAUGGCCGGGCUGAUCGAGCUAGCAGCAGCAGCAGCUGCUGCCGCGCACUGUGUGACCGACUGGCGUGUGGCCCCGCGGAAUUUCCGAGCAGGGGAGAGAGUCAGAGUCAGACCCCGUCCGGCCCCGCCGCGUCCCCGUCCUACUGUACCCAUCGUCGCGUUGUGUGCGCGCGGCUGCGGGGCGGGAAUCGUGUCCCCGUUCCGCGUCGCAAGUUUCGCGCCGCGCUUGCCUAGCUAGUAGUACUAGCAGCAGCUUUCUAGUGUGAUGCCCCGUCGCUCCCCCCGCCGGCCGCCGCGGGUUCGGUGCGCAGGGGGAUUGCGGCCGAAAGCGACAGCGUGGCUCCCUCCUGUCCUGUCCCGAUCGCCGCCGGCGGCGACCUCGGCCUGCAGGUUCAUGCAUGUGGUUCUGUGUCGUCUGUGUGAGUGUAUGAGCUGAUCGCCUGAUCUACGCAUAUGAUUCUGAACUUGUACAUGUACAGACAUGCGUACAUCUGCACUGUAAACACGUGCUGGCAAGUUGCCUCCAA